CGCGCGCGCUUGGAAAAGGACACGCACUGCAAACUGUACUGAGUUGUUCAAGUCCAUUUGAAGCGCACGGACCGUCCCGAGAAGAGAAGCUGCGAGAGUUCUCCUAGAGGAUCUAGCUUUUAACAGUGUGCUUGGGUCAAUGAGAUGUCAAUUGACUCUGGAAGUCUCUGCCAAUCAUCACUGUAUGGAGAGUGAGGCUGAGUUUAUGCUGCCGUUGAUGCCGGCCACUAGGACUCCGAGUGCCUCAUGCAAUGCCCACCUUUCACUGUCCCCCUGACUUGGUAACCAUGGAUAUCCAAGUGCAGCCCAACCUCCACUACGGGGUCAACGGAGGUCACGAGAGCACCGCUGGCAACCGUGCACGAUCCUCUGAUGAUGACACGCUGCAGUUUCUGAGUCGGGAGGAGAAAGAAUGCAUCCUUUUUUUCGAGGAGACUAUCGACUCCCUGGAGGAGUCCCUAAAGGAGGAGGAGAGGCCAGCCCAAGGCCAGGGGGCGGCUCUCUCCUCAGGUAGCAACACACCUGUGGAAGACGGAUCCAUCCCCCCCAGCCCUGUCCAGGCGUCCACACCUGUGACGGAACACCCGCACAGCCGGCGAGACAGUGACAUCAUUGACCUGGUCAACUCCACCUCAAACCACACGAUGCCAGAUUUCCAGAGUCUGGCCAUGGCUCCUGAGUCCCACUUUGAGAUGAAGGCCCGGCGAGAGCCGAUGGACAACUUCCCCUCGGAGUACCACCUCACCGCAUCCAGCGCGUCCACCGGGAACGGAGAGGACAGCGGAGGGAGCGGCGGGUACCAGCCGCCACCGGGGUCCAUCCCCACGCCCGUCCUCAUCGCCCAGAAGCUGGCGGAGCACCAGGGGGACGCCUCUGCUGGGACCACUCUGCCGUCCAUGCUGGUCAAGCGGAGGAGGAGUCUGGACUCCACCCGACCUGUUCCCGCAACGACAGGGAUGACGCUGCCAUCGUCUCCAGAAGAGGCAGUCAAGCAGGGCCCACCAACGUCGGCCAAGCCCACAAACAGAAACCCGUUGCUGGGUAACAGGGAUUUGAACCACGAAGUUGCCAUGCGAGCGCUGGACCGACGCGCGCGCAUGCCCCCGAUGGAGGGUGGGGAGCCGCCGUGCGUGCGGAACCUGCCCACGCGCAGCGUCUCGUUCCGCGACCCGACGCCGGACAAGUCGCGCAUGGAGGCGCUGUCCAAGCUCGGCCUGGUGCGGGGGCGAGCCAAAUCCAUCACUCCAACCGUGGAGCCCGGCGCCGAACCCAAACACAUAUCCCCCACCGCAACAGUCACCACCGCCGCCACCACCUCCUCCUCUGCGCCCAGGACUGAAAUCCACACCGAUUUUAACCGCUUUGGAGGGAAGUCGACCGUAGUGACCCCUUCGCCGAUGCCCCCGGCUGCUCCAGAUGCCCUGUCUUCUCCUGUGUCCCCCACCAGCGCAGACGUGGCCUCCAGGGACUUCAACAGCUACGGGGGCAAGACCAUCGUGGUGGUGCCAACAGUGGCCACCUCCAGUAGGGGGGCAGUGGACCCAGCCCCUGCCCCUGCCCCUGCCCCUGUCCCUGCCCCUGCCCCCGCCCCUGCCCCCAACUACCCCCCUCCUCUGGCUCACUUCUCCUCCCAGCCAGCCAAGACGGAUACCCCAGCCGCAGAACUCAACAGCUACGGGGGCAGGACAAAGACUAUCGUCCCUGCCUCCGCGUUGGCAAGAACGGACGUCACAGACGGUCCAGCGAGCCAGCAGCAGGACAUCCGGGCCAGCGUGCAAACCCACUCGCCCUCUCCACCAGCUACCGUCAGGGAUGCGCCCUCCAACACCUCCAACCUAGCCAAUGCUAACGCUAGCACUAGCAUGAGCGCUACUUACACCAGCACCAGCCAUUACUAUGGAGGUAAGAGUAAAGUGAUCAAUCCAGCACCACCGGUGGUGCCCAAGGUGGACCCCCACCAGCCUGAAGCCCAGGCGGCAGUCCAAGACAACAGGACCAGAGCCAGACCAGAAGUUAUGGUGAGCCGGGAGAACAGCUUUGGCAGCCGCACCCGCGUGGUGGUGCCGGGUCGGGGUGGUGGGGGUGGUGGUGCGCGGGGCAAGUCGGCCACCCUCCCCCCGACGACGGCGCCCAAGCCGCCCAGCCCUCACCGAGCACAGCCCCCGAGGCUGCCGUCGCCGAGCAGGGUCACCAGCAAGCCGUCAUUCCGCUCGCAGGGCAUCACCGUCCAGUUCUCCGGCCGCGGCGCCACCGACGACUCCAGACGCGAGGCGCUCCGCAAGCUGGGUCUGCUCAAGAAUGCGUCAUUACUGUGAGACACACACACACACACGCUAUCUCUCUCUCUCAGACACCUGUGUGUGUGUGUAAGAGUAAAUUGUGUGCACCACAACAGUUACAACAGCAGGACAAUAAAAGGACACUGAACUAAAAGAACACUAAAAGAACUUCUAAGCACAGAAUUAGAACACUAAGGACACUGGGACUGUUGGUAUCCCAUCACCUGGAAAGCGCUUGACGUCAGCAGUGGCGGUAGAGAAGGUAGGCAGGCGUCAUCUCAGGUGAAACACCUGUACCCCAAACAGAUGGUCUUAUUACGUCUCCAUCUUCCUUUGGAUAUUUAUAACUUCAGUCUGUGUGUCUAUGUCUGUGCUGGGUUUCGCCUACCCAAACACCUGACUCCUGGAAUCCGUCCACUAUUCUGCCCAAGCCAAGAUGGCUUGCACUCAUUGGAUCCAAAAUGGCAAACACUGUUUGGAUCCAAAAUGGCAGCACA